UGGCGCGCGCUCAGACGGUGGAGCACAUGGUUCGUGUUGUUGUUACUCGAGAGAUCCACGUGAGCACCGUGCAGCGCUUCUUACUGGCUCUUGUCGUGGCUCACGCAAGACUGGAGAAGAAAAAGAGGCUGUGGAUGUGCAGACCUUACACAAUUAGACUCGGAGCGGUGAAGACGCCCGACCCAGCCCAGCCUAGCCCAGCCCAGGUCAAUCUGGCAGACCAGCGGGACUCAGAGGGACAGGACGCCGGGGACCUCCACAUGUCUGCGGGUCGCGUGUUUCCGGUGUGGCGGGGGAUCGGGGCCAGUAGCGGUGUUGGGUGGAGCCAGGGCUGGGGGCGGUGCUUGAGAUGGGAACCAGACAGUCAAGACCAAGGGGCCAAAAUCCCGGUGUUUGACUACCCUCUCUGGUUGGUCCUCUGCCGUGGGGGGCGUGCCAGGCUCAGGGAAGUUUGUCAGAGAGGGAGAGGUGCCAUCAGACUUCCCACCGACAUGCUGAGCAUUAAACUUCCCCAGCUGUUUGACAUCCAUCAGGUCCCCAAGGCAAAGACUGGCUGCAAGAAGACUAGAUUUCAACACUUCCACAAGGUGUUCAGGGAGGACGGCAUCAUCUCUGGAUACCGACACCCCCGGAGCUCCGCCCUGGACUGUGUCCUCAGCAGCUUCCAGCUGAACAAUGAGACGGUCAACAUCUGGACCCACUUUCUGCCAACAUGGUACUUCCUGUGGCGUUUCUGCCUUCUCUGCUCCACUAUGAACUUCCUGAGUGACAGCUACACCUGGCCCCUCCUGGUCUACAUGUUGGUCAUCUGUAUUUACCCCUUCACCUCCAGCUGUGCACACACCUUCAGCACCAUGUCCCCAGAGUCCCGGCACAUCUGCUACUUCUUUGACUACGGAGCUCUCAGCCUCUACAGCCUCGGAUGUGCCAUCAGCUACGGGUGCUACGUCAUGCCAGAUUUUUGGGUGAACAGUUGGCUCCAUCAGCAUUUUGUUCCCAUCGCCAUCGGAAACACGCUGUUCUGCACCAGCAUGUCCUGCUACUCCAGGUUCUUGGAGUUGCAGUUUCCACAGAGAAGUAAGGCCCUCCGAACAGGAGCGUUUGUCCUCCCAUUUCUGUUUGACACAGUCCCUCUGUUUUACAGGAUUGUUCUUUGCUGUGGAGGAAGCUGCAGUCCGAGUGAUGCCCUGUCCAGUCACUGUUACCACCUCCUCUUCGCCUUCCUCACCUGUUUUCUGUUUACAUCCCACCUGCCAGAGAGGCUGGCCCCGGGGCGCUUCGACUACAUCGGCCACAGCCACCAGCUGUUCCACGUCAGUGCUGUGGUGGGAACCAGCUUCCAGAUGGAGGGCAUCAUAGCGGACAUGACGUCCCGGAGGGCGUGGCUCCAAGCCCACGGGGUGAUGCCAUCUUUCCUCAGCACCAUCGGGGCCCUCGUGAUCAGCCUCCUCCUCAACCUGGGCAUCAUCGGCAUUUUCAGCGCGCCGCUGCUAUGGAAACCCCGCCACAGCUCCACCCAGCAGCACACCUCAGCAGCCUGCGACUGCAAGGAGCAGUAAGGGAGCAUUUUCCACUCAAACAGCUGAAUCCCUUUCCAGAAGAGAGGUUUGGCUGUUCACCUCAGCAUUAACAGUUCACUUUAGUGCUGGUUUAACACCAGCAGUUUUCUCUUUUUUACUCUUAUUCAGUAUGAAAAGACUUUUCUAACACCUGAAGUGUGUGUGUAUUUACUCAGAGGCUGAUGACCCACAUGUAUUAGAGCUGUUUUCUGAUCAGUUGUUGUGCGGGAGCCUGAAAACCAGGUUUGUUUUGCUCGUGCAUUCAGAUCAGCUGUGGGUUGAAGGAAGCACGCUGCUCUAACAACACACACAAGUGCCUUAGCAUAGACGCUGUACGGUUUCACAGCAAUACUGUUUAAAUCUCAAACUGGAAACAUUAAAAGUCUAAACUUGCAGGGAUUCUUCUGUAGAUGAGACCAGAAUCGCCUUUUACGUUAAUGAUUCACUGAAAAUAUCCCUCAGAACUGGACCCGCUGGUUGGCUGAUGUGGUGGUUUGUGUAUGUGAAGCAGCUCUCAUCCAAACUUUACAUAAUAUAAUGCAGAUUGGAUUGCCAGCUCUUAAACAUCCACCUAUUGAUUCCACUCUGCGCUGACUGGAAUUGAUUUUCAGACACGUGUGGUUCUUUUUCUGAUUGCCUGCCUCAUUAUGAACCACACAAUCUGCCCUCAACAGGGGAGGAAAGGAAAAAAAGUUGCAGUGAGGUGGUGAUUAAAAGACAGGUACCACUUUUAUAACAUUAUGUUCCCAUGGCAACCCUAUAGCACUCUCUUGCCCCCUGAAGGUCUCCAACAAUUUUCAGUUGGGAGCAAAUAGCUUCAUUCUUCUCUUCUUGCUUCACGCAUCGUAAGAUCCCUUCUGAACUUCCAUCAGCUUCGCUAGCGUUCCACCAACCAGAGAACUGAAACAAAGCCAGCGGUUGUCAGGCUUUAAAAAGCAUUUUCACGUUUCCACUGAUCUUUCUAACUCCUGUGUUUAAAAAUAACUGAUGGAAAGGAGAAAAAAACGGUGAGAGGAAGAAGAAUUUUGUCGUUAUUCGGGUUCUUCUUAAUGUUAGUGUUGUUUUUUUUUGGUGCAUAUUGUGUAUAAAUGUUCCAGUGAAGCAUUAACAAUCCUGUUGGCCCCUGUGACUGUUUACAUUUACCACUGAAAUAAUAACUGUCUCAUCUAUUUAUAGUUUGUUUUGUUUUUUUUUUUCUUUUUUUAUUUAUUGCUUCUUUUAGGUGCAUAAACAGGAUUAAUGAUGAAUGUUUUGGUUUUAUUUUAUUUUUGCAAGAACUCUACAUUAGUGAAGUUACUUCAUCACUUACACAUAGAAAGGUCCAUCUUACAAGUGGAAAAUUUGAAGAUAAAUUCUAGUAAUUAAGCCACUUUUCAUGCAAAAUAUUCUAAUUAUCCUUGCAACAAAAACCACUAGAUUCCAAGGUGUUUCUGUAAAGGAAAAACACCAUUUUCCGACAAAUUUUAGAUUUAAAUUGACUUAAUAAACAGACAAAUUGCAUAACUAAUUGAUAAGAUUAAGCUAAUAAUCUGUAUGUUACUUUAUUCGGGCUAGAGAGGGAGGAUGGUUUCCACUGAGGCUGGUGUUGCACAGCGUCACUUCUAUAAGCACUGACUCACCGUAGCUGCAGGUUUCUGUCAAGUUUCUUGACAAGUGGAUUAAAACCUGUGUAACGUGUGACUGAGGACUUCAAUAGCACAAACACACACCUUUUACUACCAUUAACACCAGUUCUUCCAGCUCAAAAGCCACAGGAAACACGCUGCUAACACCCUGUCAGUAGAGGUUUAAUCAGAGGGGAAAUGUAUGUGAUAUUAUGGGAUAGAGGUGCGUUUCCAGGUCCGUGUGGGACGCUGAGGUGGAAAUGUCGAACACAGAAUGAAUGUGUAGUAUCACAAAGCGCUCACACACAUACACACUCUUUUGUAUCGGAGCACUUAUUCGUCUUUGUCAAGGUUAGUGUGCAGAGUAUAAAAGUAGCUUCAUCAGCCGGUCGCAGACACAACAGCCGUCUUCACCCUCUGGACUUUUAUCUCUGCUCCUGCUGAGAAUUCAUCGAUUUCCAUCAUCUCUGCAGUCAUCACGUUACAGCAUUCCUCCGUUUGACCCUGUUGAUUCCUGGAAUCGCAGCAGUACAGGCCUCCCAUGCUGUGGACACAAACCAGUUGGUUUUUCUUUCCCUCUGACGUGUUUGCAGCCGUUUGACAGCUCACACGUGCUUCCAAACGCUCGUUACUUUAAACAUCCAACCUGACAAAGCUGAUAAAAUCCUCCAGACCGGAUCACUGUUGCUCUAAAAGCAGCUUUUACGUGUUAAAGUGGACAUGUUAAAGCAGGCUGUAAUUAUCAGAAAAACACUUUAAGGUAAAUCAUGGAUUGAAGGGUUUGAUUAUGUUUAAUAGAAAGCAAAAGAGAAGGAGUCAUUUGAUACAAGUAUUUAGUUAAAAAAUGUCAUUGGUGCCUUUUUUAUGUUUUAUACAACUUGUCCUGUGAUAUAAUUACUCUUAAACUGUAUAAUAUUUGUGUGUUUUUUGCUGUGUGUAAUUUGCUGCUUUGUUCUUUUAGACUUGUGUAAUAAAUUAAGGCCUUUAUAAAUGAA